CAUUAUAUGGUGAACUAAGUGAUGCACUCGAUCGUUUUACUUUUAUUUAUGAUCCAUUCACGUAAGAUCCUUGUUAAUAGUUAUCAUAUAUGCAGAAAAAAAAAUAAUAUUCAAUUCUUUGUGGUGAUGUGAAAGCACAUCCACGACCAAGAGUCACCGAUUUCAAAUCGGAUGCCAAGGCAGCUGGUCUAGCUUUAUGGAAUGGUUGGAAAGAUGGAAUGACGGGCAUUAUAAGGCAACCACGUGCCGGUUAUCAACGAUAUGGUGUAUUAGGUGGUGCUGCUGGAACAUUAAUAGCGACUGUCAAUAUUGGUAUGAAACCUGCAGUAGGUACAAUGUCAUCACUCACGUGGCUUAGUCGAGGAACAUAUGCUAGUGUGAGAAAGGCAAUAAAAAUUUAUAGAAAUGAAGGACGACGUGUUUCAAGAAAAUUAUUCGAUUCAGCAUUAUCAACACAAGACAAUCAACGAUUACAAGUAGAUGAUGAUCAAGAAAUCUCAUCAGCUGCUAAAACAGCAGCAACUAAAUCAGGUUUUCAUCCAAAAGUAUGCCAACAUAUUCUUGAUGAAUUUGAAAAAAUUAAAAUAGAACAUGAACGAAAAAUGGCUUCUUCAAUGAAGAAAGCAAAGAGUAUAUCCAAUUUCUUUUCCAAUGCUAGCGAAACAUUAAAAGUCUCAUCAUCAAAUAGACGUCCAAAUUCAUAG